AUGUAUGGAUCCGUCUUAUGCUAAUACCGAGAGACCAGCGGCUUACUGACAGUAGAGGGACGAAGGGUCCAGCGGGCGAGCACAGCCGGCUCUUCACCAACCAUGGCUGAAGGGGGUGAAGGGGAAGAUGAAAUUCAGUUCCUCAGAACCGAUGAUGAAGUUGUACUUCAGUCCAUUGCCACCAUCAAUAAAGAACAACGUAAAUUUUGCCUGGCGGCUGAAGGAUUUGGUAAUCGUUUGUGCUUUCUCGAGCCUACUUCAGAAGCUAAGUAUGUUCCUCCAGACCUUUCCAUCUGUGUUUUUGUGCUGGAGCAGUCAUUGUCAGUCAGAGCCUUGCAGGAGAUGUUGACCAGUACAAGUGAAAAGAGCAAUGAAGGGCCAAUUGAUUUCUCCAAAUGGGGCUCUAUCAAAAGAAGUUCCAUCAGUGCCAAGAAGAAAAAAUCUCUGAGGAGAUUUAUGAUAAAGGCAGCUCAAGGGGGUGGACACCGAACCCUUCUUUAUGGUCAUGCUAUUCUUCUCCGGCAUGCAUAUAGUGGAAUGUAUUUGACUUGUUUGACAACAACAAGGUCGUUGACGGACAAGUUAGCUUUUGAUGUUGGUCUGCAGGAAGAUUCAAACGGUGAAGCAUGUUGGUGGACUAUACAUCCUGCUUCCAAACAGCGAUCUGAAGGAGAGAAGGUACGAAUUGGUGAUGACCUUAUUCUGGUCAGUGUUUCAUCAGAGCGAUACUUGCAUACUUCCAUCUCCAAUGGCAACAUACAAGUAGAUGCCUCCUUCAUACAGACACUGUGGAAUGUCCACCCUAUAUGUUCAAGCAGUGAUGUAGUAGAAGGGUUUCUGAAUGGUGGCCAUGUGCUACGACUUUUCCAUGGCCAUGAUGAAUGUCUGACCAUCCCACCUGCAAACCAGAGAGAGGAAGAGUAUGUAACAGUUAACUACGAAAGUGGGGAAGCAGGAUUCUUCGCCAGAUCAUUAUGGCGUGUGGAACCUCUUCGAAUCAGUUGGAGUGGCAGUCAUAUAAAGUGGGGCCAGUCAUUCCGCCUACGACACCUUACCACGGGCCUGUAUCUGGGCUUAGUUCAAGAUCAGGGCCUUGUGUUACUGGAUCCCAUUAAAUCAGACACCAAAACAACAGCAUUCUGCUUUAGAAUGUCAAAGGAAAAGCUGGACUUGCACCCAAAACGAGAUAUAGAAGGUAUGGGAGUCCCAGAAAUCAAGUAUGGUGAUUCAGUUUGUAUUAUUCAGCAUGUAGCCACUAGCCUCUGGUUAACAUACCAUGCUCCAGAUGCCAAAUCAGCACGUCUGGGACCUCUGAAGCGAAAGGUAAUACUGCACCAAGAAGGACAUAUGGAUGAUGGUGUAAUUUUGCAGCGUUGUCAAAGUGAAGAGUCACGAGCAGCUCGAAUUAUCCGAAAAACAACCAUCUUAUUUAAUCAAUUUAUCAGGGGUCUUGACUGUCUUGGAAAAAGUGGACCUGUCAAACUACCUAUAAAAGAAGUUCAGGAAGCCUUGCAAGACCUUAUCAUUUACUUCCAUCCACCAGAGGAGGAUUUAAAACACGAAGACAAACAGUACAAAUUACGUUCUCUCAGAAACAGACAGAACUUAUUUAAAGAAGAGACAAUGCUGAAAUUGGUCCUGAGUUGCAUUGACCGGCUAAACGCAUACCACAGUGCAGCACAUUUUUCAGAGCUUGCUGGUGAAGAGGUUGGAGCAGCAUGGAAAGAUAUUUUGAAUUUGCUUUAUGAACUACUAGCUGCUCUAAUACGUGGUAACCGAAGUAACUGUGCCAUGUUUUCUAAAAACUUAGACUGGUUGAUCAGUAAAUUAGACAGACUGGAAUCUUCAUCAGGUAUCCUGGAAGUGCUGCAUUGCAUCUUGAUUGAAAGCCCAGAAGCACUCAAUGUAAUCAAAGAAUACCACAUCAAAUCUAUCAUUUCAUUACUGGAUAAACAUGGACGCAACCACAAGGUGCUGGACCUGCUGUGUUCUCUUUGUGUGUGCAAUGGUGUUGCUAUACGAGCUAAUCAGAAUCUGAUAUGUGACAAUCUGCUCCCUCAUCGUGAUUUACUUCUGCAAACUCGCCUAGUUAACAGUGUAACAAGCAUAAGGCCCAACAUAUUCUUGGGAACGAGUGAAGGGUCAGCACAAUACAAGAAAUGGUAUUAUGAGCUGGUUGUCGAUCAGAUCAAUCACUUUUUAACUCCAGAUCCUAUUCACUUGCGUGUUGGCUGGGCAUCUGCGAAGGGUUAUGCUCCCUAUCCUGGAGGUGGAGAGGGAUGGGGAGGAAAUGGAGUGGGAGAUGAUCUUUAUUCUUAUGGAUUUGAUGGACUUUAUUUAUGGUCAGGUCGAGUGGCUAGGGCUGUAGCAUCACCAAAUCAACACAUACUGAACUCCGAUGACGUAGUUAGCUGUUGCCUGGAUUUAGGUGUACCUAGCAUUUCCUUCCGCAUCAAUGGACAACCAGUACAAGGAAUGUUUGAGAGUUUCAACACAGAUGGCCUGUUCUUCCCAGUGGUCAGCUUCUCUGCAGGUGCCAAAGUACGUUUUUUGAUUGGUGGACAACAUGGAGAUUUUAGAUUUUUGCCUCCUCCUGGAUAUGCACCCUGCUAUGAAGCACUACUGCCGAAGGAAAAGAUGAGAUUAGAACCAAUUAAAGAAUACAAAAGAGAUCAUAAUGGUGUUCGAGACUUAAUAGGAACUCCAGGUCAUCUUUCCCAGGCCUCCUUCAUCCCCAAGCCAGUAGAUACCAGCCAGAUUGUUUUACCUUCACACCUUGAGAAAGUCCAGAACAAACUAGCUGAAAACAUUCAUGAACUAUGGGCAACAAACAAAAUUGAACUUGGCUGGACUUAUGGGAAGGUACGCGAUGACAAUAAGAGACAGCACCCUUGUUUGGUGGAUUUUGAUAAGCUACCAGAACAAGAGAGAAACUAUAAUUUACAAAUGUCCCUUGAAACCUUAAAGACCCUCUUGGCUUUUGGUUGUCAUGUUGUUCAUAUUAAACCAAAAGCAGAAGAAUAUUUACAAAGAAUGAAACUUCCCAAAAAUUACAUGAUGUUAAACGGCUACAAGCCUGCCCCACUGGACCUUUCGGAUGUCAAACUACACACAGCCCAGGAAGUAUUGGUUGACAAGCUGGCAGAAAAUGCACAUAAUGUCUGGGCUAAAGACAGAAUCAAGCAAGGGUGGACCUAUGGCAUCCAACAGGAUAUCAAGAACAAAAGAAACCCUCGACUGGUGCCGUAUAGUCUUCUUGAUGAACGAACUAAAAAAUCAAAUAGAGACAGUUUACGUGAAGCAAUUCGCACUUUAAUUGGUUAUGGUUACAACAUUGAGCCUUCAGACCAGGAAGUUGCUGGUGAAACUGUGGAAAAAGUUACCGUUGAUAGACUCCGUUUCUUCCGAGUGGAGAAGACCUUUGCAGUCAAGACGGGGAAGUGGUACUUUGAAUUUGAGGUGGUGACAGCAGGAGAAAUGCGUGUUGGAUGGGCAAGACCAGCAUGCAGACCUGAUUUAGAGCUGGGCUCUGACAGAAAUGCCUUUGUUUUUAAUGGCUGUAAGGCUCAGUUCUGGCACCGAGGCAGUGUUUAUUUUGGCCGUACUUGGCAGCCUGGUGAUGUGGUUGGUUGUAUGAUUGAUAUGAAUGACAAAUCAAUGAUAUUCACUCUAAAUGGAGAACUUCUCAUCACUAAUAGUGGCUCAGAGCUCGCUUUCACAGAUUUUGAGGCUGAAGAUGGUUUAAUCCCAAUUUGUUGUCUGGGCUUGUCUCAGAUAGGUCGAAUGAAUUUCGGAAAGGAUGCAACCACUUUCAAGUAUUAUACAAUGUGUGGUUUACAAGAGGGUUUUGAGCCUUUCUCGGUGAACAUGAACCGUGAUGUAGCCAUGUGGUUCAGUAAACGUCUACCUCAGUUUGUCCCUGUACCAAAAGAUCACAACCAUAUUGAGGUAACAAGAAUAGAUGGAACUGUUGACAGCCCACCCUGUUUAAAAGUUACCCAUAAAACAUUUGGCACUCAGAAUUGCAUAACUGAAAUGUCAUACUACCGUUUGAGUAUGCCUAUUGAGUUUUAUUCAGCGUUUAAACAUGAUAGUAUUCCUCAUACAACUGAUGACAAUGGACCUCAUACUGCGGAUACUUUGUUAGGAAAGACUAAAUUAAGGGGUGCAAAAUUGAGCCGCGAUGUAUCUGGAGACAGAGCUGACCAAGAAGUUAUUAAAAAAUCCUCAAUGUAUUAUUAUGCAGUGAGAAUAUUUGCAGGCCAAGAUCCAUCUAUGGUGUGGAUUGGCUGGGUAACUCCUGACUACCAUUACCACAGCAAGUCAUUUGACCUGAAUAAACAUCGGACUGUCACUGUCACUCUUGGAGAUGAGAAAGGCAGAGUUCAUGAAAGUGUCAAGCGCAGCAAUUGUUAUAUGGUUUGGGGAGGAGAUCUUCUCAGCAGCUCAAAGGGAUCAAGCGGUAGCAGUGCUGACUUAGUAGUUGGUUGCUUGGUUGAUCUCGCAAACGGCUGGUUAACCUUCACAGCAAAUGGAAAGGAUCUUGGUAUCCGUUACCAGGUUGAGCCAAGCACAAGGUUGUUUCCUGCUGUUUUCAUGCAGGCCACAAGCCCGAAUCUAUUCCAGUUUGAACUUGGAAAAUUGAAGAAUGCAAUGCCUCUGUCUGCGGCUAUAUUUAAAAGUGAAGAGAAGAAUCCCAUUCCACAGUGCCCUCCUCGACUUGACGUACAGAUGAUCACUCCGGUUAUGUGGAGCAGAAUGCCCAUUGACUUUCUCAACGUGGAGACAGCAAGGAUUAGUGAUCACCAUGGUUGGGUUGUGCAGUGUCUUCAGCCGUUGCAGAUGAUGGUAUUGCAUAUUCCAGAGGAGAAUCGAUCAAUAGACAUCCUUGAGCUAAUUGAAAAUCAAGACCUCAUGAAGUUCCAUUACCAUACAUUGAAACUGUACUGUGCCUUGUGUGCCGUGGGCAACACUCGUGUAGCCCAUGCACUUUGUAGCCACAUCGAUCAAUCUCAACUAUUGUAUACAAUUGAUAAUAAAUAUCUGCCAGGGCUUCUACGCAGUGGAUUCUAUGACCUCCUCUUAAGUAUACACCUUGAAUCAGCUAAAGAAGCCAGAUUAAUUAUGAACAACGAAUUCAUUAUUCCUGUAACUGAUGAAACCAGGAGUAUAACAUUGUUUCCAAAUAAUAAUCGGACUUAUGGACUUCCCGGUGUUGGACUCAGCACCUGUUUGAGACCUCGAUUAAACUUUUCAUCGCCAUGUUUUGUUAACACCAGUGACGAUAGACGUCAAUAUAGCCCUAAGUUGCCAUUUAAUAUUCUUAAGGUCAAAGCAAUCGAAAUGCUCACAGAGGCUGUAAUGGGUGGUGGACCACACAUUCGAGACCCAGUGGGGGGAAGUGUGGAGUUUCAGUUAGUUCCUAUUCUCAAACUGAUUAAAACCAUGCUGAUCACAGGCAUGUUUGAUGAUAAUGACGUCCAAAAAAUUCUGCUACUGAUUGAAUCUGACUUGUUUGGUGAACACCAAGAGGAGAGAGUGGAUGAAGAUAAAACAGAGAAAGAGAUUGUCACUAAAAAUGAAGAGAAGACUAUAGAGGCCGGAGAAGCAGUAACACAGGUUACUCAACCCCCUUUCAAAGGACUGCUGGAGAAAAGUUUGCCAGAGUCUGUUAAACUUCAGAUGUGUGAACUGCUUCACUACUUCUGUGACUGUGAACUCCGACAUCGAGUGGAAGCCAUUGCAUCUUUUGCUGACAAGUUUGUUGUAAAGCUGCAAAGGAACCAAAGGUUCCGGUACGAAGAACUUAUGCUGGCCUUUGAUAUGUCGGCAGCCUUAACGGCCAAGAAGUCAAGGGAGUUCCGGUCACCUCCUCAGGAGCAGAUUAAUAUGCUACUGAACUUCAGGAGUGAUGACAAUUCCACUUGCCCUGAAGACAUGCGUGAAGAGCUGUGUGACUUCCAUGAUGACCUUCAAACACAUUGCGGUAUUCCAUUUGAAGAUGAGGAGGAAGAAGAAAAAGAUGAAUCUGUGAUGGGAAAAUUACUUUAUAUAGUGCAUAAAAUCAAAGGGAAGCCAAAGAAAGUAGAAGAGCCACCACGUGAAGAAGAAGUGGAAAAACCUGCCAACCUGUCGCAACUAAUCUCACGGACUAUUACUCAUUGGUCUCAAGAAUCGUACAUUCAGGAUGCAGAACUGAUUAAAACUAUGUUUAGCCUUUUGCGCCGGCAAUAUGAUGCAAUUGGUGAGCUCCUGCAAGCGAUGCGGAAAGCAUAUACCAUCAGUGCUGCCUCCAUACAGGAAACGAUCACUCUACUUGUUUCCCUUGGACAAAUUCGAUCACUCCUUAGUGUUAGAAUGGGAAAGCAGGAAGAAACACUAAUGAUUCGCGGAUUAGGGGACAUCAUCAACAAUAAGGUGUUCUAUCAGCAUCCAAACCUGAUGCGAGUGCUGGGGAUGCACGAGACCGUAAUGGACAUCAUGGUGAGCGUGCUUGGAGGAAACAAAUCACAGGAGAUUGCUUUCCCUGAGAUGGUGGCAAGCUGCUGUCGAUUCCUGUGUUACUUCUGCCGCAUCAGCCGCCAGAACCAGAAGGCCAUGUUUGAUCAUCUCAGUUACUUGUUGGAAAAUAGCAGUGUUGGACUGGCAUCCCCUAGUAUGCGAGGUUCCACUCCUCUAGAUGUGGCAGCCGCCUCAGUGAUGGACAACAACGAGCUGUCACUUGACUUGCAGGAACCUGAUUUGGAAAAGGUGGUAACCUAUCUUGCUGCAUGUGGCUUACAGAGCUGCCCAAUGCUAGUGGCCAAAGGUUAUCCUGAUAUUGGCUGGAAUCCUAUUGAAGGAGAACGUUACUUGUUGUUCUUACGAUUUGCAGUCUUUGUCAAUGGUGAAAGUGUUGCGGAAAAUGCAAGUGUUGUUGUGAAAUUGCUGAUUCGUCGCCCAGAGUGCUUUGGGCCUGCUCUAAGAGGUGAAGGAGGAAGUGGCUUGUUAGUGGCAAUGAAGGAGGCCAUUGAAAUCUCAGAAGAUCCCUGCCGUGAUCUCCCUCCUGUUGAAGCUGGGAAAAAUGGUGGUAAAGAAGAGGAUGAAGAAGUUGUGCAUAUGGGUAAUUCUAUUAUGUCCUUCUAUUCGGCUCUGAUUGAUCUUCUUGGACGAUGUGCUCCAGAGAUGCAUUUAAUCCAAGCUGGCAAAGGUGAAGCUAUCCGAAUCCGAGCUAUUCUUCGUUCUCUAGUGCCAACUGAGGACCUGGUGGGCAUUAUUAGUAUACCACUGAAAUUGCCUGUCGUCAAUCCAGAUGGAACCAUUUCUGAGCCAACAAUGUCUGCAAGUUUCUGUCCUGACCACAAAGCACCCAUGGUACUGUUUCUGGAUCGUGUUUAUGGUAUUGAGGACCAAAGUUUCCUCCUUCAUUUGCUGGAAGUUGGGUUUUUACCUGAUCUAAGAGCAUCUGCCUCUCUCGAAUCAGCUGACUUAAAUACAACGGAGGUAGCCCUUGCCCUGAACAGAUAUCUCUGUUCAGCAGUGCUUCCAUUGCUCACGAGAUGCUCUCCUCUUUUUGCUGGGACAGAACACUUUGCCCCUUUGAUAGAUUCCACAUUGCAUACAAUAUACAGAUUAUCCAAAGGACGUUGUCUUACCAAAGCACAGCGAGAGUCAAUUGAAGAAUGCUUGCUGUCAAUAUGCCGGUAUCUUCAACCUUCUAUGUUGCAACCACUUCUGCGCCGCUUUGUUUUUGACGUUCCCCUUCUGAACGAAUACUGUAAAAUGCCACUAAAGCUUCUAAGUAAUCAUUAUACACAGUGCUGGAAGUACUAUUGCUUGGCAUGUGGAUGGGGCAGUUAUGGAAGUGCAUCUGAUGAAGAGUUACACCUUACCAAGAAAUUGUUCUGGGGAAUUCUGGAUGCACUCUCAACAAAAAAAUAUCACCCUGAUCUCUUUAAAAUGGCCUUGCCAUGUCUAAGUGCUAUUGGAGGGGCCCUCUCCCCUGACUAUGUCGAUUCCAGCUUUUCCAAUGAUUUGGACAGACAGGCAUCAGUGGAUGACAAAGGCAACUUUGACCCGAAACCCAUCAACACUUCUAAUAUUUCAAUUCCUGAGAAGUUGGAGCAUAUUGUGAACAAAUAUGCAGAACAUCUCCAUGAGAAAUGGGCUCUUGAGAAGAUACAAAAUGGGUGGACAUAUAAUGAUACAAUCAAUGAGAAUAUGAAGACUCAUCCGUUAUUGAGACCGUUUAAAACAUUAACCGAAAGAGAAAAGGAAUUGUAUCGCUGGCCAUCCAAGGAAUCUUUCCGGAUCAUGCUGGCUUUAAACUGGAACAUUGAAAGGACAAAAGAAAGUGAAGCCAUGAUGCAGCAUGUUGAAAACGAGAAAUUACGCAAGUCCUCUCAGAGUUCGGGGGGAUACACUCCAGUUCCUGUUGACUUGUCAAAUGCUCUGCUCUCCAGAGAGAAUCAGGCAAUGGCAGAGCUCAUAGCCGAAAACUAUUAUAAUAUCUGGGCCAAGAAAAGGAAAACUGAAUUAGAAAGCAAAGGUGGAGGCAGCCAAAUCUCUCUUAUGCCUUAUGAUACCUUGACUGCCAAGGAGAAGGCCCGUGAUCGUGAUAAGGCUCAUGAGCUGUUCAAGUUCCUCCAAGUGAAUGGCUAUGCAGUAUCUAGAGGCUUGAAAGAUAUGGAAUUGGAUUCUUCUUCUUUUGAGAAACGAUUUGCUUAUAAAUUCCUGGUAAGGGUGUUAAAAUGUGUCGACACAGCUCAGGAAUUUAUAGCACAUUUAGAGGCCAUUGUCAGUAGUGGUAAAGCAGACAAAUCUCACGAGCAAGAGAUAAAGUUUUUUGCUAAGAUUCUGCUUCCCCUGAUUGAUGAAUACUUCAAGAAUCACUAUAUGUACUUCCUGUCCUCUCCAACCAAAAGCCUCAGCAGCAGUGGAUAUGCAUCCAAUAAAGAAAAGGAAAUGAUGGCCAGUAUUUUCUGCAAACUUGCAGCCCUAGUCAGACAUAGGAUCUCACUCUUUGGCACUGAUUCUGGAACAAUGGUGAACUGUUUACAUAUCUUGGCACGUACUUUAGAUCCCAGGACUGUUAUGAAGUCUGGCUUAGAGUUGGUAAAAGCUGGUCUGCGUUCAUUCUUUGAAAAUGCAGCUGAAGAUCUGGAAAAGACGCUGGAAAAUCUGAAACUUGGAAAAUUCACACAUUCACGAUCUCAACUGAAGGGAGUUACACAGAAUAUCAAUUACACGACUGUAGUUCUGCUGCCUGUGCUAACAUCAUUCUUUGGCCAUAUUAGUCAACAUCAGUUUGGAACUGACUUGAUCUUGGAUGAUGUCCAAGUGUCAUGCUAUAGGAUCCUGUGCAGCCUGUAUGCUUUGGGGACAGGGAAGAAUGUCUAUGUGGAAAGACAACGACCUGUCCUUGGAGAAUGUCUUGCCACACUGGCAGCUGCCAUGCCAGUCGCUUUUCUUGAGCCAUCUAUCAACAUACACAAUACGCAUUCAGUUUUCAACACAAAAUCACCCCGAGAACGUAUCAUUCUAGGUUUGCCAGAUACUGUGGAGGAAGUGUGCCCAGAGGUACCUCAACUAGAUGCACUAAUAAAAGAGAUCAGUGAGACAGCUGAGUCUGGAGCUCGAUACACAGAAAUGCCUCACAUCAUUGAGGUAGUUUUGCCCAUGUUGUGUAAUUAUCUGUCAUACUGGUGGGAACGGGGCCCUGAGAACAACCCCAGUGGGGACUGCUGUACUGUGGUCACCUCGGAGCAUCUCAGUGCAAUCUUGGGCAACAUCUUGAAGAUCUUGAACAAUAACCUGGGCAUCGAUGAUGCUUCAUGGAUGAAGAGGCUAGCAGUGUAUGCUCAGCCAAUCAUCAGCAAAGCCAAACCUGAAUUGCUGAAAAACCAAUUCAUUCCAACACUAGAGAAACUGAAAAAGAAAGCAAUAAAAGUUGUUUUAGAAGAAGAACAACUGAAAGCAGAGUAUAAGGUAGAUUUCCAGGAGACUGAACUGCUAAUCCUAGAUGAAUUUGCUGUUCUCUGCCGAGAUCUCUACUCCUUCUACCCAAUUUUGAUCCGCUAUGUGGAUUAUAACAGGGCAAGAUGGCUCAAGGAGCCAAAUGCAGAUGCUGAUGAACUCUUCCAUAUGGUGGCUGAGAUUUUCAUCUUGUGGUGUAAAUCACAUAAUUUUAAACGGGAAGAGCAGAAUUUUGUGAUUCAAAAUGAAAUCAACAACAUGGCUUUCCUGAUUGCAGACAAUAAGAGCAAAAUGUCCAAGGCAGAGGGAGAUAACCAGGAACGGAAAAAAAUUAAGCGCAGAGGUGACUAUUACUCGAUACAUACAUCACUGAUUGUGGCAGCUGUUAAAAAGUUACUUCCAAUUGGUUUAAAUAUGUGCACAGCAGGAGACCAAGAAUUAAUCUCAUUGGCCAAGCAGAGGUACAGUCUGAAAGACACCGAUGAAGAAGUGAAAGAGUUCCUUGCAAAUAACUUACAUUUGCAGGAUAAGACUGAUGACCCAGCAGUUCGAUGGCAGUUGGAUUUGUAUAAAGAUAUUGCCAAGCCCGAAGAGAGAAUGGAUCCUCAGAAGAUUGUGGAACGUGUGCAAAAGAUUUCAGCUGCUAUUUUCCACUUGGAACAGGUGGAGCAGCCAUUACGGUCAAAGAAGACAGGCUGGCACAAACUGAUGUCUAAACAACGCAAACGAGCAGUGGUUGCCUGCUUCCGGAUGGCACCACUUUAUAACCUUCCCAGACACAAAAUUAACAUUUACUUCCUGAACGCCUAUCAACAUCUGUGGCUGGAAAAACUAUAUAAGAAAACUGACUUUGAGAAUCUUAUCGUCUGUUUGGCGAAAUCCACAACUGCGUCAGAAGAAGAGGAGGAAGAGUCUGAGAAGGCACCUGACCCACUUCAUCAGCUUAUACUACACUUCAGUCGCACUGCCCUCACUGAACGAAGUGCAAUUGGAGAGGACCCUUUAUACCUUGCAUAUGCUGACAUGAUGGCAAAGAGCUGCCAUGUUGCUGAAGAAGAAGAUGAAGAGAAAGAAAAAAGCUUUGAAGAAAAGGAAAUGGAGAAACAAAUGACACUUUACCAGCAAGCAAGGCUUCACCAACGUGCCGCAGCCGAGAUGGUUCUACAGAUGAUUAGCGCAAGCAAAGGUGUAUUAAGCCCCAUGGUGACCACAAGCUUGAAGCUAGGUAUUGCCAUUCUGAAUGGUGGUAACCCUGAUGUUCAGCGGAAAAUGUUGGACUAUUUGAAAGAGAAGAAGGAAAGUGGCUUUUUCAGGAGUCUAUCUGGAUUAAUGCGAUCCUGCAGCAUCCUUGACUUGAAUGCCUUUGAGAGACAAAACAAAGCAGAAGGUUUGGGAAUGGUAUCUGAAGAUGGAACACUCGUUGUUCGUGAACAUGCUGACAAGGUGUUGCAGAAUGAUGAAUUUACUCGGGAUUUGUUUCGGUUUUUGCAACUGCUGUGUGAGGGACAUAAUGAUGACUUCCAGAAUUACCUAAGAACUCAAACAGGAAACACAACUACAGUGAAUAUCAUUAUCAGCACUGUAGACUAUUUGCUGCGUCUUCAGGAGUCUAUCAGUGACUUCUAUUGGUAUUACUCAGGAAAAGAUGUUAUGGAUGGACAAGGUCAGCGCAACUUCUCUAAAGCAUUAGCAGUGGCCAAACAAAUCUUCAACUCGCUGACUGAGUAUAUCCAGGGCCCUUGCAUUGGUAAUCAGCAGAGUCUUGCCCACAGCAGGCUCUGGGAUGCAGUGAUCGGUUUCCUGCACGUCUUUGCGAAUAUGCAAAUGAAACUUUCACAGGAUUCAAGUCAGAUUGAGUUGCUCAAGGAGUUAUUGGAUUUGCAGAAAGAUAUGGUGGUGAUGCUGUUGUCAUUGUUGGAAGGGAAUGUUGUAAAUGGAACUAUAGGUAAACAAAUGGUAGACACAUUGGUUGAGUCUUCCAGCAAUGUGGAGAUGAUACUCAAGUUCUUCGAUAUGUUUCUUAAAUUAAAGGAUAUAACCACUUCUGAUACCUUCAGAGAUUUUGAUCCAGAUGGUAAAGGAAUGAUUUCAAAGAAAGAAUUCCAAAAGGCUUUGGAAAGUCAGAAGAAAUAUGUACAGUCAGAAAUAGAAUUCUUACUAUCUUGCGUUGAAGCAGACGAAAAUGAUUCAUUUAAUUAUAUGGAAUUUAUUGACCGCUUUCAUGAACCAGCCAAGGAUAUCGGGUUUAAUGUUGCUGUAUUACUGACCAAUCUAUCGGAGCACAUGCCUAAUGAUAGCCGUCUGAAGACAUUCUUGAAACCAGCACAAAGUGUCCUCACAUACUUUGAGCCCUAUUUAGGACGCAUUGAAAUCAUGGGUGCAGCAAAACGCAUAGAAAGAGUCUACUUUGAAAUCAGUGAAUCAAGUCGGACACAGUGGGAGAAACCUCAGGUCAAGGAAUCUAAAAGGCAGUUCAUCUUUGAUGUUGUGAAUGAAGGCGGAGAAUCAGAAAAAAUGGAACUCUUUGUGAAUUUUUGUGAGGACACCAUAUUUGAAAUGCAAUUAGCAUCUGAAAUCUCUGAGCCAGAUGCAGCUGAAAGAGCUGAUGAUGAUGAAGAAGAGCCUCCUCCAACUGAAGAGGAGGAGGAGGUGGCUCAGCCCUCAAAUGCAUUUGCGUCAGCUUGUCAUGAUUUCAAAAGUGCGCUCCUGAAGUUUUUUGGGAUAUUCACAUUUAGAAAUAUCAGAAGGCAGUUUAAGAAAAUUAAGAGGAUGACAACCAAGGAGCUAUUGAUGGCAUUUUUCUCCUUCUUCUGGAUGUUGUUUAUUGGCAUUGUUUUCUUUAUCUUCAACAUAGUACAAGGAUUUUUCCAGAUUGUGUGGAAUGCCAUGUUUGGGGGUGGACUAGUUGAAGGUGCUAAAAACAUCACGGUCACUGACCUUUUAGCUAGCAUGCCGGAUCCAACACAACUUGAAAUUCAUGGAGAUGUGACUGAGUUGGAAAGGGCAGAAACUCCAGAGACGGGAGUUGUUACAGAGCUUCAGUCUACAGUGCAAGAUGAAAAAAGCGAAACUGAGAUGAUACCUGAUAUAUUUGGUAUAAGUGUCAAAAAAGUAGGCAAGGCAGGAGGUGAUACACAUGGAGGUCUUGGUGAUGUCUCGGAAAUUAUGGGAACAGAAAGCCCCCCUAGUUUUGAAAAGGCAGUAUCUCAAAAAAAGAAAGCAGAGAUUGAACGGAAGAAUAAAGCUGAGAGUAAAACCGAGUCUGAGAAGGCCGACAUGGAGGAUGGCGAGAAGGAGGACAAAGCCAAAGAAGAACAACUAGUUGAAAGUGAAGAAAAAGAACAGAAGAUAAAGAAGCGGCGACGUGGGCAGGCUAAGAAAGAACCAGAGGCAUUCUUGGCUAACUUCUGGGAGGGACUGGAAAUUUACCAAACCAAGACUCUGAAUUAUCUAGCCAGGAAUUUCUACAAUCUGAGGCUACUUGCUCUAUUUGUGGCAUUUGCGAUCAAUUUCAUUCUGCUUUUCUACAAGGUGACUGAGCCUCCAGCUGAUGAAGAUGAAGAGGAUUUCAGUUUCUGGAAUGAUGAUAAUGUGGAUUACUACGUGUUACAGGAGACUACAGGAUACAUGGCUCCGAUGCUGACAUUUCUUGCAAUUAUUCACACUGUCAUCUCAAUGCUUUGUGUUAUUGGCUACUACAUAUUGAAGGUCCCUCUUGUAGUUUUCAAGCGUGAAAAGGAGAUUGCCAGAAAGCUGGAGUUUGAUGGGCUGUACAUAACAGAGCAACCGUCCGAUGAUGAUAUUAAAGGACAGUGGGAUCGCCUUGUCAUCAACACACCAUCCUUCCCCAACAAUUAUUGGGACAAGUUUGUCAAAAGAAAGGUUAUUAAUAAGUAUGGAGACCUUUAUGGAGUUGAACGGAUUGCAGAGCUCCUGGGUGUGGACAGAAGUUCUUUAGAUUUUAGUCCCAUUGAGGAGGCCCCAGAACAAGAAGCAACACUGUUAUCCUGGUUGGGUUCCAUUGAUUUAAAAUACCAUAUUUGGAAACUUGGAGUUGUGUUCACUGAUAAUUCAUUUUUGUAUCUGGCUUGGUACACAACCAUGUCCAUUUUGGGCCACUACAACAACUUCUUCUUUGCUGCUCACUUGCUAGAUAUUGCUAUGGGUUUUAAGACACUGCGUACGAUAUUGUCAUCUGUAACACACAAUGGGAAACAGCUUGUGCUGACUGUUGGUCUCCUGGCAGUUGUCGUGUAUCUCUACACAGUGGUUGCUUUCAACUUUUUCCGCAAAUUCUACAACAAAAGCGAAGAUGAAGAUGAACCAGAUAUGAAGUGUGAUGACAUGAUGACGUGCUAUUUGUUCCACAUGUAUGUGGGUGUAAGAGCUGGAGGUGGCAUUGGAGAUGAAAUUGAAGACCCUGCUGGUGAUCCUUCUGAAAUGUACCGAAUCAUCUUUGACAUCACAUUCUUCUUCUUUGUCAUUGUCAUCCUACUAGCUAUUAUUCAGGGUUUGAUUAUUGAUGCUUUUGGGGAGCUGAGAGACCAACAGGAGCAAGUGCGAGAAGACAUGGAGACCAAAUGCUUUAUUUGCGGGAUUGGAAAUGACUACUUUGACACAACACCGCAUGGUUUUGAGAUACAUACUUUGCAAGAGCACAACCUUGCAAACUACCUGUUCUUCAUGAUGUACCUCAUUAAUAAGGAUGAAACUGAACACACUGGUCAGGAGUCUUUUGUAUGGAAGAUGUAUCAAGAACGCUGCUGGGACUUCUUCCCUGCUGGAGACUGUUUCCGUAAACAGUAUGAGGAUCAGCUUGGAUAAAUGUUAACCCUGCUUGAACUUACCUACUGAUUGAACAC